AUGAAGACAUGGCUCGAGCUUGAGGCUGUGGGGAAGCAGAUUCCAGACCUGGAACAGAGGCAGGCCCAGCUGAGAGAGCGGAGAGCCGCGCUGGAUUCAUCCCGGGCUGACGCUCACAAGUCCGGGGUAAGUAUACAGCGUGCUGUUAACAGUCCCACCACGUCUACUCCGUGUGUUUCUCUGCGCAAGCCCGGUGCACCCAGGACGCGAUCUUCCCAGAUGUCCUUCACUGCGAUGCCGGGACACCACGGACCCUGGGUGCAUCCACAGCGGAGGACGCGAGCUGGGUCCCGGGCGACGACUUCUCCCCAUCCUGCCUUCGAGAUCUCCAUCCAGAACCGCUUCGCUCCCCUCCGCGAGACAGGACGUGACGCUGUGAUCAUCGGAGACUCCAUCGUCCGACACGUAAGUGCUACGUUAUCCGAAGGUAAAGUGCACACUCAUUGUUUGCCUGGUGCUCGUGUUCUCGAUGUUUCUGCGCAGAUACCCACGAUCCUGAAGGACGGCGAGAGCCCCAGAGCGGUCGUGCUUCAUGCCGGGGUUAACGACACCACGCUGCGGCAGACGGAGACACUGAAGAGGGACUUCAGCAGCCUGAUCGAGACGGUUCGCAGCACUACGCCCGCGGCGACGAUCGUCGUGACGGGUAACUAGGAUUUACACAAGCUCCAGUCUGGUUCCAGAACACCCGAGAAGAGAUGAUGCUGACCCUCAGAGGACCUCAGAUGAUGCUAACCCUGAAUCAACAAACUGAACUAACAAUUAUUGCUAAAUGUGUGACUGAAUCAUAUAAUAACUUAAUUAAUAAUAUUGAUAGUUCAUCGUCUAGCUGACUACGUCUUUUAUUAUCAUUAUUUUUAUUUUUUCUAAAAUCCUGUCAAAUGUGCACAAACUACUAGCUACUACUAAAUAUUGUAGAAACAUAAUUUUCUGUAAAGUUGCUUUGUAACGAUUUGUUUUGUAAAAAGCGCUAUACAAAUAAACUUGAAUUGAAUUUAAAAAUAUACUUACAACAGAAACCCUUUAACAUGUGCUUGUGUAGCAUGUCUGGACCGGUCACCCUCACACACACAGAGACCACACAACCACUCUUCAAUGAGAUUUAGCACUUUCCUUUACUUGAUCUGUAGUGAGAAGAAAUAAUCAGUGGAUCAAAAGGCGACCGCUUCUCCCUCUCUGGCACACAGAGUCAAUUACGGGGAGAGCUCGAUAAUACAUGUGCUCCUUAGCCUUGCACACAGAUGGACUCAGGCUAUUGCACAUCGCACGCGGGGAAAACCCCGGAUGUCUUCCACUGAUAUAAUUCCCUCCCCAGACAGAAUCCAAAGAAAAAGUUCCCCGAAUCUAAUAUUAUGUAAUUUUAACCUGCAAACAAUAAUAAAUGAACAAAAUUUUGUGGAGUUCACUAACCCAUUCUUAUUAUGAAACUAAUAGAAUUUAUAAAAAAUAAUAAUAAUCCAAUAUAGAAAUUAAAAGAAAGCAAAUUAAAUUGAGUCAAUUAUACACACCAGUUACAUUCUCCGCCCUGAACUUCACAAAUUUUGACUAUUACAGGGUCUAGUAUAAACUGAGGUCAUUAAACCACCUUUUUUUUCCAGAACAUUUUGCAACAAAAUGUUUCCCACUCUCAGGGAAGGUGAGUGCGGCAGGUUGAUCAGGCCUACCGCAGCCACCUGCAAAAGGAGCCUUAAACACCAUUCAUAUCAGAUGAAACUUCAUCACUGAUCUGGAACAACAAUAUACUGAAAUACACUGACUCACAUGUUCUAUAUUUUAAAACUCAAAAUGACAAAAAAACAUAGUGAAAUACCAUACAUUCUCAUCUCAAUAAGGAUCUUACAACCCCACUAACUGGGUUCAGAGUUUUGAUAGAUUGAGUCAUGUUCUCUAUCAGUCUGUUGACUGGUUUCACAAUCCUACCUACUCUGGUCCUAACUCUCAUAUCCCCUGAACCAGGAGGUGGCUCAACAGCUUCAAGAGGUGAACCGCUAUGGUCACUAUGGCCAACUGCCUCAGAAACAGAACUGCCAGAAACGCGGCUCUGUCCUUCAUCUGGACUGCUUACAGUAUUUUCCACCUUGGUACAAUCAUUCUUUGCAGCUAAUUGCUCAUGUCCGGUUGACUCAGAGAUUUCGUUCAAUGAUUCAAGGCUUUCAGAUCUGCAGGACAACCUCUGCUCAGUGUCAUCAGAAACUGCGGUCCUUUCCACCCAACUGGCGACUCAUUCCAACAAAGGACACAAAUCAGAUGCAGAACCAACAACAUCCAUUGAUAAACUUCUACUGCUAAGGGCAGAUUCACCACUGUCCUCAAAUGAUUCAGAUUCCUCAAACUCACGUGGAAGGAAGUUUGCUUGCAACAGCAAAUUGCCGUGAACAGUUUUCCCCUGACCUGUCUUGGUGUAACGUAUACGGUAAAUGUGACACUGUGGGUUUAGCGCAACUACCCUAUAGGGCGUGGACUCCCACCUGUCUGCCAGUUUUCUUUUCCCACACUCACCCUUGUUGGCCAGCAGAACUUGAUCACCCAACUCAAUGUUACGACCUUUUGUCCUUUGAUUAUAAAACUGAUGUUGCUGACUGGCAUCAAUGUUUUUCUGAGCAACUGUAAGUGCUUCUUUUAGAUCAUCUUUUAACCUCUUUACAUACUUGUCGUAAUCAACAAUGCCACAGUCUCUUACAACGUUGCCAAACAUCACAUCCACGGGCAGCUUCGGGAUUCUACCAAACAUCAGGUAAAAUGGAGCAAAACCUGUGGAUUCGUGCGCGGUACAGUUGUACGCAAAGGUCAGUGUCUGGAGCAACUGGGACCACUUUUCCUUAGACCUCGCCGGGAGCGCUCUGAUCAUGUUGCCUAGGGUUCUAUUAAACCUCUCAACAAGGCCAUUUCCCAUCGGGUGGUAAGCAGUUGUUCGGGACUUUUUUUACACCGGCAACCUGCAGCAACUCUCGGAUCAGUUGGCUCUCAAAAUUUGCCCCCUGAUCCGAGUGGAUCCUAUCAGGAAAACCGUACACACAAAAAUAGCGCUCCCACAACUAUCGUGCUAUCUGUUUUGCUGACUGGUCACGACAUGGGAAAGCGUGAGCCAUCCGAGAAAAGUGGUCAGUUACUACCAACACGU